CACGAGUGUGCAGCAUUGGCACCUCUCAACAACAUGGCAACUAAGCAGCGCCUCCUCCGAUUUACCAUCCUUGUCAAACGUAAUCCGGCAUUCUCGGAAGAAGAAUUCCAGUCGUACUGGACGAACACACAUGUCCCGCAGGUUCAGGAUUGGUUGACUCGUCACGGAGUCCUCAAGUACACCCAGUACCAUACCCCGUCCUCGGUGCGGAAUCAGGCCAAGUCGAUCCCUGGGCUUGCCCAGGCCACCAUAGCCGAGUGGGACGGCUUUGUCGAACUGCUGAUGCCUGACAUGUCGUGCUUCGAUGCUGCACAGAAGGAUCCAUAUUAUUUACAAGUGGUUGUUCCCGAUGAAAUGAAAUUCGCCGACCCUGCAAAUUCGCAGAUCAUCAUCGGGUGGGAAGAGGUAUACAUUCAAGACGGCAAGAUAGUUGAGCUGCAGCCUGGGGGAAACUUGGUAACGGCUUGAUUGGUGGAAGCUCGCUUGAUAGAGAGUAUCGAUCAGAAAUGCCGCCUCAGAACUAAAGAGAGUACAGUCCGAAUUGGAAG